CCUUCCCCCUCACACGGUCCUUGCUUGCUCGUCUCCUCGAUGUUCAAUCUAAUGUUGAUCCGCACCAACGGGGGGGGACCGCAUUGACCGACGUGGUCCUGUCUCAGUUGCCAAUGGGUGGGUGGUAGGACCUUGAGCUAUUGUUGAUAUUAAUUUCCUUCCUUCGUUUGUAUACUUUAUUUCCCCCUCGCCUUUCCCUUUACUUUGUGUUCCCUUUUCCUCUCGUUGGGUUCCCUCAGUUUGUGCUUUUUUCUUCCUCACGGGUGCUACAGGUCCAGUCUCUCGAGUCUCAACCUCCAACAGACAUCACUUCCCAUCACCGUGAUCCUCACCAAGAUGCGUCUCCACGCUCUGCUCCUACCGGGGGCCGUCUCCCUCGCAACAGCAAAAACGAUCCCCUCCCCCGACGCCAACGGCAAAUACUGGCUCAACACCACCCACCUCUCCCUAGCCUUCAUCCCCUACGGCGCCUCCAUCACCAACCUGAUCCUCGCCGACAAACACGGCAAGCCUCUAGACAUAGUCGCCGGCUACGACAACGCGACCGCCUACACCCUAGACGCCGCCCACCCGCACUUUGGUUCCGUGCCCGGUCGUUAUGCGAACCGAAUCAAAAACAGCUCUUUUACUCUUUUUCCCGAUUCCGAUUCUGAAGGCGGACAAGAAGGAAUAACCUACCACGUCACCCCCAACGAAAACCCCACCCCUUCCCACCCCAAGGGAGUCGACACCCUCCACGGCGGUCCAGACGGUUGGGACUACCGCAACUUUUCCGUCGUCGCCUACGACGUCCCCGGUUCAUCCAUCACGUUUAGGCUAGUCGAUCCAGACGGCAAGGAAGGCUUUCCCGGGGAAGUAGUCAGUUACAUCACGUACACUGUUUCCGGGAAUCAAUGGGAUAUCAACAUGGUGGCGAUCCCGACGACGAAAAAAACGCCCAUCAUGUUGAGCAGUCAUACCUACUGGAACUUGGACGGGUUUGAAUUGGAAGACGCGCUGGAUCAUGAGUUGUGGAUGCCGUUUGCGGGCAUGCGGGUGGGUGUGGAUGGGAUCUUGGUUCCCACGGGGGAGAUCCUCGCGAAUGAGAGGGGGGGUGUGAAUGAUUUUUGGAGUCGACCGAAGAACAUUGGGGAUGCUUUGCAGAAGAAGGGCGAGAAAGGCUUGUUAGAGGGGAAUUGUGGGACUGGGUGUACGGGUUAUGAUAACUGCUACAUUCAUUCCCUCCGCUCCCCGCCCUUCGACGACUGGCGCCAGCCCUCCCAAAUGGUCGCCCGUCUGUCCUCUCCUCAUAGUGGCAUCAAGCUCGAGGUCUACUCGGACCAGGACGCAUUUCAAAUGUACUCGUGCAACCAGCAAAAAGGUGACGUCCCCUUGAAAUGGACUCAGGGCACGGACGAGAGAAGGACCAUCCCCAAGUAUGGAUGUGUGGUGCUGGAAGUGCAGGAUUGGAUCGAUGGUAUCAAUCACCCUGAGUGGGGACGGACAAAGAAGCAGGUCUUUGCUCCUGGGGGUGAUCCAUAUGUUUUGCAGGCUAGGUAUGUUUUUGGGGUUGAUAAGUGAGGGAGUCAAGACAGGGCAGGGAGAUGAAGAGACCUUGGAAGGAGAUUAUGAUUAGUCUAGUAAUGAUGUGUGAAUAUGAUCAAUUCAAAGACCGG